GCAGAGAAGAAGAAAUCGUCAGUGAUUUUUUUUUUUUUUUUGCAAUCAGACUUCUGCGGAUGGAAUUUACAGAAAGCAGCAGGGGGAGCUGGACUCCGCCGCCAGGUUGCAGUCUCAUUGGACGGCAGAAGCUGUGGGCGGAUUUGCGCUGACGUUGCGUCGUACUCGGGAUUAACUUGUUUUCAUGUCGCCAUAUCUGUCACAUUUCUUUUGCAGUGUAUCGGUCCCCGUACAGAAACAGACACAGAUCCAUUAGUCCGCGUCUUCAGAACCUCGGAUCGGUCUCCCCGUGUGUGAAACCGCGCAUGAAACUGCGGACAGUCUCCCGUCAAGUGCCUGGAUGUGGAGCAGGUGGUCGCGCUGAGGCUGCAGUGCUGAUGUCCCGUCACACUGAUGGGGGCCGACGGCAGUAAAAACAGGAAGAGGCCCGCUGAAAGGCAGGAGGAUGAGGACUUCUCAUCUGGAUGGCGUGGAUUCCUCUCCAGCAUGGGUCUGUCCAUCCCAGCAAGCAUCUGUCGCCUGGCUCCACCUGCCCUGCGCCUGGGCCAGCGCCGGAUGCUCCAAGGCAAGGCCCCCGAAAUCCCGGAGCACGUCCUGAGGCUGGCCGGAGUGGGCCCGGACAGGCUCAGAGCAGAGUGGAGCCUGCCGGGGUUCAUCGCCAUGUUCCUGCCUGAAUUCCCCCACAAAACUUUGCCUGGGCACGAACAUUUUCAGGUGUUGAGCUACAUCGCCAAAGGUUCAUUUGGGCCCAUUCUGAAAGUAAAGGACAAGGCCAAACAGAGAACAUAUGCUGUCAAAGUUAUACCUAAAGCUGAGAUUAUACGACUCGGGGUCUUGGAGCAGUCAAAAGAAGAAGUUAUAGUCCAGCGUCAGGUUCGCCAUCCGUUUGUCCACGACCUCCAGGACUGCUGGCAGACUCAGCGCCACCUCUACAUUAUGUGCGACUACUGUAGCACAGGAGACCUGUACACCUACUGGCAGAUGAUCGGUCAGUUCACAGAGGACACAGUGCGAGUGUUUGCAGCAGAGCUGGGAUCUGCGCUCGGCUUUCUUCAUGACUUUGGGGUCAUCCACCGAGACGUGAAGAUGGAAAACAUCCUGUUGACCGACAACGGACACCUCCGCCUGGCUGACUUUGGUUUGUCCCGCCGCCUUGAGAGAGGAGGACGAGCUUUUACCAUCUGUGGAACCAUCCAAUACAUGGCCCCCGAAGUGCUGAGCGGUGGACCCUACAACCAUGCAGCUGAUUGGUGGUCGCUGGGGAUUCUGCUUUUCUCAUUGGUUACUGGGAAGUUCCCUGUGCCUCCCGAAUCAGACCACUGCAGUAUGCUGAGGAAAGUGAGGAGUUUUCCUUAUGAAAUGCCCCUCAGCUUCAGCCCCCCACUGGCCUUGUUAAUAACUGAGCUUUUGUGCAAGACCCCCACCCGCCGACUGAGAACCCUCGAGCGUUUCAAGCGCCAAACCUUCUUCCGUGGAACAACGUUUGACCUCGCCCUACUGCAGCGCCAGCCCGUGGAGGUGAUCCUGGAGCUGAGGGAGCGACCGGACCGAGCUGCCAAAGCCCGACGAGGCCUCACAUUGUCCCUGCAGCCCCUCAAGGGCUUCGACUACGACUCGUUCCUCAGCCCCCCCGCCACACCGGACACACAGCUGGAUGCCGGGGCGCACACUCACACAGCGGUGCCGCUGCCGGGCCCGGCACGCCCACUGCAGGCUGCUCAGGAAAAAGGCCCACGCAGGGAAGUGUUUGUGUGACAAACAGACUGUGAGUUUACAGUGAGGCCUAAAUGUAUGUGUCACUGCACACUUGUUCACCCUGACACACAGUGGUGCGCCUUCUAAAAUGUCUUAUUUGGUAAAAUAGCUGAUUACAAAUCAAUUGGAUUAUUAGUUAAGAAAGGAAUUAGUUAUUCAAGUAAAGAACACCACGUCCCAACUAGUAUUGGCCAGUUUUACGGGUUUUAGUGAUGCACUGGACACCUUCUUUUUUUUUUUUUUUUGGUUUUUGUUACUUGUUUGCCUUCCUCAGCCGUUUCAAAGCCUGCUGUGAUUGCUCAACCGUUGUGCAAGACAGAUUACACUUCAUAGUGUUCACC